AUGUUGUUUUUCUCUCGCUACGAAAUCGAAAUACCCAACGUGGACGUUUUAACCUAUUUGUUCAGAUCUUCUGCUAUUCGAAACGAUGGCUUUGUCUUUCUCGAUGCAGAAAAUCCGACCGAUGGAAUAUCUAAAGAACAGUUAGAAGAACGCGUGAAAAGGCUUGCUGGUGGUCUUCGCAAGACCAUUGGGUUGCAGAAGAAUGAUGUGGUUCUUGCAUUUACUGAGAAUUCUAUAGGGUACCCCGUCAUUGUACUAGCAGCGAUCUGUGCUGGGGGUGUUUUCACAGGAGCGAGUCCUGUAUACACCUCAAUGGCAGAGCUGACCCGCCACCUUCAGACCUCGGGAGCAAAAUGCAUCUUCACCGACCUACAGCGCCUCGAUACAGCCGUGCAGGCAGCCAAUAUCGUGGGUCUACCAGAAACAUCCAUAGUUCUAGUUGAUCAGACCAGCGAAACCAAGCCUUAUGGCUACCAUGGGAUAUAUGGCCUGUUGGACGUUGUUUACUCCUGGGAGGUUAUCCAUGACCGAGAGGUAAGUAAUCCAUCUCUUACCAAUUUCAGGACUGCGGUUCUCAAUUUUAGCAGCGGUACUACCGGAGAUCCCAAAGCAUGCAUGAUAACCCACCGCAACCUUGUUGCAAAUUCGGAACAGCAAUUAUACCUGGAUAAUGUCGCCUCCUCGAGAUCGCCAGAUUCAAAACGCACUCCUCCACGCAUACACUGCGCCUUUCUACCACUCUAUCACGCAAGCGGUUUAAUCACUUAUUGCAUCAUGAACGUUCGGUCAUACUGCACAACUGCUAUCAUGCGAAAGUUUAAUCUCAAGCUUUUUCUUGAUACAAUCCAGCGUCUCCACGUCACAGAUCUGCUGCUGGCUCCCCCUGUUGUUUUAAUGCUGACCAAAAGUGAUAUCAUAUCUCAGUAUGAUCUCUCCAGUGUGGAAUUGAUGUUUUGCGGGGGAGCCUCUCUCCAACCAGACCUGUCAAAAAAGCUAGAAGCCGUUUUCAAUAGCGGAAAAGUCCACCUCCGCCAAGGAUAG